CCGCUUCCCACCUCCCCCCCCGCCCCCCGCUGCUGUUUGAGCAGCUGCCCCUGCGCGCGGACACUCAGGAGCCGCAAACCGAGUGACAGCCGCUCGGCAGGACCCGGCCUCUGGAAGGACGCUGACAGGGUUGAACCUGCAGCCAACAAGAAACCUGAGAAUGAAUAAUUCUUCAAUCAAGAGAAUAGUGACCAAUGUUAUCAAAUCUCCUGAAGAUAAACGUGAAUAUCGUGGAUUGGAACUGUCUAAUGACAUCCGAGUGUUGCUCAUUCAUGAUCCCACUACUGACAAGUCUUCUGCAGCCCUGGAUGUUCACAUUGGCUCCUUAGCAGAUCCCAAAGAGAUACCUGGACUUGCCCAUUUUUGUGAACAUAUGCUUUUCUUAGGAACUGAAAAGUAUCCAAAGGAGAAUGAGUACAGUCAGUUCCUCAGUGAACAUGCUGGGAGCUCAAAUGCAUUUACCAGUGGAGAACAUACCAACUACUAUUUUGAUGUAUCAAAUGAGCAUUUGGAGGGUGCCUUGAAUCGGUUUGCCCAGUUUUUCCUUUGUCCUUUGUUUGACGCCAGCUGUAAAGAUAGAGAAGUCAAUGCUGUUGACUCGGAGCAUGAGAAAAAUUUAAUGAAUGAUGCCUGGAGAUUGUUUCAGUUGGAGAAAUCUACAGGCAACCCAGAACAUCGGUUUAGUUCAUUUGGAACAGGCAACAAGUUCACCUUGGAAACUAGGCCAGCAGAGAUGGGCAUAGAUGUACGACAAGAACUCCUUAAGUUUCACUCAACUAACUAUUCAUCAAACCUGAUGGCUCUCUGUGUCCUAGGGAGAGAAUCCCUGGAUGAUCUGACUGACCUGGUGGUAAAGCUGUUCGCUGAGGUGGAGAAUAAAUAUUUACCUGUCCCUGAAUAUACUGAGCAUCCUUUCCAGGAAGAACACCUGAAGCAACUGUAUAAGGUGGUACCUAUCAAAGACAUCCGGAAUCUUUAUGUCACUUUUCCCAUACCAGACCUUCAGAAGUAUUACAAAUCAAAUCCAGGUCACUACCUCGGACAUUUGAUCGGUCAUGAAGGACCAGGGAGUCUUCUGUCAGAACUGAAAGCUAAAGGUUGGGUAAACACUCUUGUUGGAGGGCAAAAAGAAGGCGCUAAAGGUUUUAUGUUUUUCAUCAUUAAUGUAGAUCUUACUGAGGAAGGACUUGUGCAUGUUGAUGAUAUAAUUCUACACAUGUUCCAGUAUAUUAAUAAACUGCGUACAGAAGGACCACAAGAGUGGGUUUUUCAGGAGUGCAAGGAUUUGAAUGCUAUGGCAUUUAGGUUCAAAGAUAAAGAACGACCACGCGGCUACACUUCAAAACUUGCUGGCUCAUUACAUUACUAUCCCAUUCACGAAGUGCUUGCAGCUGAAUACCUGCUGGAAGAGUUUAGGGCUGACUUAAUUCAGAUGGUGUUGGAAAAACUAAGACCAGAAUCUGUGCGUGUGGCAGUGGUUUCUAAAUCAUUUGAAGGACAAACCGACAGAACAGAGAAAUGGUACGGCACACAAUACAAACAGGAAGCCAUUGGUGCUGAUGUCAUCCAGAAAUGGCAGAAUGCAGAUCUAAAUGGGAAGUUCAAACUGCCAGCGAAGAAUGAGUUCAUUCCCACAAAUUUUGAGAUUUUCCCUUUGGAAAAUGAUGCCCUACCAUUUCCAACUCUUAUUAAGGACACUGCCAUGAGUAAAGUGUGGUUCAAACAAGAUGACAAAUUCUUUCUCCCAAAAGCCUGCUUGAACUUUGAGUUCUUCAGCCCAUUUGCUUAUGUGGAUCCAUUACAUUGUAAUAUGGCCUAUUUGUAUCUUGAACUGCUGAAAGAUUCUCUCAACGAGUAUGCAUAUGCAGCAGAACUAGCUGGCUUGAACUAUGACCUACAAAAUACAAUCUAUGGAAUGUAUCUGGUUGUGAAAGGCUACAAUGACAAGCAGCACAUAAUUCUCAAGAAGAUAAUUGAGAAGAUGGCCACCUUUGACAUCGAUGAAAAACGAUUUGAAAUAAUCAAAGAAGCUUAUAUGAGAUCCUUGAAUAAUUUUCGUGCCGAGCAACCUCACCAGCAUGCAAUGUACUACCUCAGACUGUUAAUGACUGAGGUGGCAUGGACCAAAGAUGAACUUAAGGAAGCGUUGGAAGAUGUCACUCUCCUUCGUCUCAAGGCCUUUAUACCUCAACUGUUGUCACGACUGCAUAUAGAAGCUCUUCUCCAUGGCAAUAUAACAAGACAGACUUCUUUGAGUAUUCUACAAAUGGUCGAAGACACCCUGAUUCAGCAUGCUCAUACUAAACCUCUUCUUCCCAGUCAACUUACCAGAUACAGAGAGGUGCAACUUCCUGAUCGAGGCUGGUUUGUGUACCAGCAAAGGAAUGAGGUACAUAACAAUUGUGGAAUUGAGAUCUACUACCAGACAGACAUGCAGAACACCCAUGAAAAUAUGUUACUGGAGCUUUUUUGUCAAAUCAUAUCGGAGCCAUGCUUCAACACACUGCGGACUAAAGAGCAAUUAGGUUACAUUGUAUUUAGUGGUCCACGGCGAUCAAAUGGUGUACAAGGCCUCCGUUUUAUUAUUCAGUCAGAAAGACCACCCAGUUACCUGGAGAGCAGGGUGGAGGCUUUUCUGAAAACCAUGGAAAAGCAUAUCAAGGAAAUGACAGAGGACGCUUUUCAGAAGCAUGUUCAAGCUCUAGCAGUUAGAAGACUUGAUAAACCAAAGAAGCUCUCAGCAGAGUGCGCUAAACACUGGAGUGAAAUCAUCUCUCAGCAGUACAACUUUGACCGAGACAACAUAGAAGUAGCACACCUGAAGACACUGACUAAAGAAGAUAUAGUAAAUUUCUGCAAAGAGCUUUUGGCUGUUGAUGGCUCAAGACGACGCAAAGUUUCUGUACAUGUCUUGUCCCGGGAUAUGGAUUCCUGCCCUGUUAUUGAACAGCCUCCAUGUCAAAAUGAUGUCAACCUGCCUCCUGCACCACCCUUGCCACAGCCAACCAUAAUUGAAGAUAUGACAGUGUUCAAACGCAGUCUACCACUCUUUCCACUAGCAAAACCUCACAUCAACUUCAUGGCUGCAAAACUUUGAGAUCAUGCAUUAAAGGAGGAAAACCUGAGUGACAGUAUCCAUUCUGCUGGAGUGGUAGGGUGGGGCAAUUAUUCAGAGAUUAUUUCUUUUAUAUGAACUCUUCACAGUUAGGAGUGUACAAAGUUAAUUAGCUCUGCAUACUUCUAACUGUUAAUGGUUCAGCUAGCCGAGUGACAUUUUAAAUUACUUGUCCAUAGAAACUUCAUACAUAAAAUUGGAAUUCUACAAAACACUAAUGUAUAAACCAGUGAAAUUACACUGUGUAAUAUAUUUGAGACAAAUUCUUUUGUGAUAGAGCACGAGCCUUAUAAUGGGUAAUUAUACCAUGUUUUUAACUUCUAUACGAGUUUUGUAGUUUUGACAUUUUAUGUGCUCAUACAACUGGUAAUAAAAUGCUGGAAACUUCUCUCUGUUCAUCUCAAAUUACUUUCUACCACACUGCAUAGUUAAAACUCCAGAGAAUUCAGAUGAUAAAUUGCCCAGAACUGUCUAUUUUCUGACUAAAUUUAGGUUUGUUAUCCGUGAAACAAGAUACCUGACUCCCUUUGGCGAGUAUGUUUUCAAGAAAUCAGAUGACCACAUUUACACAGUGCUGAGCAGAGUAGGUUGAGAAACUGCUGCUUCCACGACUCAGUCACUCUGAUUUAGUGCUUGAAAACUUGAGAAAAAUUUAAUAGAUCAGUUUUUUGCCCCAGUAAAACUGAAAAAAUUUAUAAGUCCAUUUCUUUGCACUAUCAAAGUCCAGUUAGAAGGAGUGGGGCUUUUGUAUUUUAAAUAGAACCAAAGAAAAGUUAUGGCACAGAGAGACCAUUCUACCCAUAGUGUAGACUGAAGAAUUAUAACUGCUGCCCAUUUUAAUUAAAUGAUUAGGAUCCAAAAAUGGAUUCCAUACAAAACACAUCUGUUGUUCCACUUUUUUGUGCCUAUGUAAUCCAUAAUAUGGCCAUUAUCAGUCUUGUGUGAAAUUACACAUAAUUCAUUAUGAACAUUGAUUGGUUUGUUCUAUAAACUUUGUGUUUUCAAUGUGUAAGAGGCAAUGAGGGUAGCACAACAAAUGGGCACUUGAAUGACACAGACCAAGCAGAAGAGUGCACUGAAUAUUAUCUAGGCUCUAAGACUACUGAAACCUUGAAUGUCUAACUAUUUUGACUUUUAGCAAUAGGGAAAACAUCAAUGAUUUUGUGAUACCAACAUGAAUGUCAGUUGUGAGAUUAAGGGAUAUACAAAUGAGCUCUUGAGAUAGCUAUCAUGCACUCUACAAUAAAUAUUUCGCACCAUAUAUAAUAUGCAAAAAGUGACCAGCUCAAUGCAGAGUUCGGAAACAACACACAGUUGCAGAAUUUUAAGGCCUAAUUGUAUUUUAUUGAAGAGUGAUUGACAAUAACUGUUGCUGCAAUAGGAUACGAACCUUCAGGUAAUGAUAUCAGCUACUGAUUUCACAUUCUAAUAUUUGAGGGGUAUAAUUCAUUAAAGCCCAGUAUUUGUAGCCUACUACAGUUAGCUGUGUGAAUUUGUAAUGUAUUCCUUGUUCUAGGUUUAUUUACAAAAAAUAUUUGAUCACAACUUGAGUAAAGUCUAAGGUGGUGUUAUUGAAACGACGUUCAUGCAUGAGGACUUUUUAAUUAGCAUGUUUAUGACCGGAUUGUCUUUGUCUUUAUUUUCUAUUCAGUUCAGUGUUUCUAGCAUAAUAAUUAACUAUUUGUUAAAAAAAAAUGAGUUAGCAAUAAAAAAAAAUUAGAAGUUUUGCCACUGAAAACCUGAAAUGUGCAAUGUAUUGUAUGAUACAUAUUGACUAACAAUUUUCUUAUUAGUGGGAAAAUGCCUUUUGGAUGAAUAUGUUUGUCUGUAAAUGUAAUAGUCGCACUACAUUUUGGGGUUUUUCCAAAGUUGGAAAUUCAAAUUACUCCUUUUGAAAUAUUUAAGCUUUUUACUGGUUUUGUUUCCUCCUCUCCCCGCCCACCAUAAAAGGACCUUUCUAUGCUUUGUGAGAUUGUGCUGCAAUAUUUCAGGAGUGCACACCAUCUUGGAAUAGUGAUCCUGCACAUUUUGAAAAGUGUCCAAAAAUGAAUAUUCUAUCUGAAAUCAUGGCUGACAAUUUAGAAAUUUUGUUUAAUAUUGUCUUUGAGUCACUCAGUCUUGCAGCAAUCCCAAGGCAGGUUUUGUAGGCCCUUCAUUUCAGUAGUAGUGUUAUAUUGGAUAAAAUUAAAGUGUUAUUUUUGAGUUUUAAAAUAUUGGAACUCAGACUUACAUACAAUCCUUACACACAUUUCACUUGAAGAGGUGACCUAAAUGAAACAUCUUUAUACUAGUCCAAACUUUUCAAAUGACCAGCUGAGAGUUAUACAUGGGCAUUAUCUGCAGUAUUGUCACAGGUUAGCAAGAACUUUUGCAUUGUAUAUAAUGAAUAUUCAUGAAAAAUAUUCCAAACUUGUUACAGUUUUGGAAUAAUUACAAUGCAUAAUAUGACAGCUAAUUCUCUGGUCUAGCAAAAAACAGUUACUGAAAGAAAAUAUAUUUUGCUGUGAAAGAUGUUUUCUAGCAGUCUCUAAUUCUUUGUAGUGUUACUUUUUCUACCAUGUUUCCAGCAUUUUAUGGCAGUGUGUGUGACAGUGCAGUUUGACUCAGGCAUAUCCAUGGAUUCUGUAAGAAGGAUCCAAAGAUGCAGCUUUUUCAAGCAAUAACAGCCAACAGAGUAUCUACAAAUAUUCAGUCUGUUUUUAUGGCUUGUGAAUAGAUGUAUCAAUUUUUGUUGAUUGUGACAAAUUACUUAUAACAACACCAUUUUGAGAGUUUUGAAGCAGUUGAUAUAGAACUGGAUGCAUAUAGUACAGCUACUGUAUACUGAAAGGAUGUUUCACUUUGCUAUAAAAUAAAACCUGCGGUCAUUCUAUCACCA